CCCAUACGCGCUCAGAAAGCUCUUGAACUUCGUCGAAUGUGGAACGGCAGAUUAUAACACUCGCAAUUAUCACCACCACCAUUGUCCAUCCCAAGUAACACCUUCAAACCAAUCCUCUUACAUCCGCGGUCUCUCUCGCACGAUCAUUCCGACGUUUGCUUGUUGUGAAGAACUGAAUAGGAAGCGAGAUGGGCGAGGUGGCUGUCAACGGUUUCGAACCGAUCAUGGCCGCCGACCCGGUAGACGAGUUGUUGAAUGGAUCACCUUCAGAAACCAAGGAAAAUGUUGAGGGACUCGUGAAUGGUGUGGCUGAACUGACUGAGCGCAUCAAGCGCCGGGCUAAACGCCCUUCCAAGUUCAUAACCAAGGAACUGAAUCGAGCGAAUUCUGAUACGCAGGUGAUAGCCCCUCUGCGAGCCCUCAAGAAUUCUCGCAAGUCUCGUAAUGGCUUUGGACGCGGACUUCCCAAGAAGGGUGGUGCAGGUGGAAAGGGAACCUGGGGAGCACUGGGUUCUGAAUUAACGGAAGAAGAGUUAGACGGGGCCAUUGAUACCAAUGAUCCCAAUUAUGACGAGUCCAAUCCAGACAACAAGGACUUCAAACUGAAGAUCAUUGAUCUUGACAGAUCGGACGAAGAACUUCAGAAACAAAUAUCGUCCCUAGUGGCUGAAUAUUUUGAUCAUGGAGACACACAUGAGACGUACCUUUCCUUCGAGGAAUUACAGGUGUCGACGCGUGCCCACCUUGUAGUGGUGACGGCUAUUGAACUGGCUAUGGACCAUAAACCUUCUCACAGGGAGAUGACCAGUGUUCUCCUGGCUGACCUUUAUGGUCACCUGCUUUAUGAGCCUCACUAUACCAAAGGUUACGAUAUGCUUAUAAAGAACCUGAGUGACCUUGUGCUGGACACUCCAGACGCUCCUACCAUCCUUGGCAAUUUUAUUGCUAGAUCCAUUGCAGAUGACUGCAUACCCCCAAAGUUCCUUCAAAGUUAUAAAGGCAAAGUGGAUUGUGAGCAUGCAGUUGUAACAUUGGCAAGAUCAGAUAGCUUGCUGUCCAUGCGUCAUGGCCUGGUGAGGUUGGAUAACGUUUGGGGUGUGGGAGGGGGAACCCGACCCGUUAAGUACCUGGUGAAGAAGAUGGUACUCUUACUGGAGGAAUACCUUUCUUCUUCAGAUGUUGCCGAGGCUACUAGAUGCCUUCUGGAACUGGAGGUUCCUCAUUUUCAUCAUGAAUUGGUGUACGAAGCUGUAGUAAUGACAUUAGAAAAGAUGGAUGAUCGUACCUUAAGACUGAUGUGUGAUUUAUUAGGAUCACUCCACAGUGCUAUCAUCAUCACGCCAAACCAGAUGAAGGCUGGCUUUUUCAGGGUAUAUGAAGAUAUGCCACAAAUAUGUGUGGAUGUACCUCCAGCAUAUACAAUAUUGGAAAGAUUUGUCAUGAAGUGCCAAGCUGCAAAGGUUGUCAGUGAUGAUGUUGUGAAGAAGUUACCCGUGAGAGGGCGUAAACGCUUUGUGUCGGAGGGAGAUGGUGGUCGCAUUAAGGACGAUGCCUACUUCUAAUCAGUCAGCCCACACACCUGUGGUGCCACUAAGGAAUCUGAAUGGCAAGAUUUAACAUUUCUUAUAAUUUGGAUUAUGUAUUGUGGGAUUUCCUGUUCCUUGGAAUGCAUUCCUAAAUUUUAUUAUGAAUAAUUAAGUUCUAAUAUUUUGGAUGGAUUACAUUUAAGUAUUACAAAUAGUAUUGCAUUAAAUGUAUAGAUUGUUUUAUUUAAUUUGAUGAUAUUGAUUUUGCUCUUUAUUUGGAUUUGAGCAGAGAUUUCCUAUGUGGUAUCCUAGCGUGAGUCAUCAGAUACAAAGAGGAGACUUGAAUGCCACAGAAAUAUCAAAAUCUGUCUCUUCUAUGCAUGUGAAGACUAUUGCUGUGUGAACCGAGUUUCCAUGUUGUUUGCAAGUACUCUGGUUAAUGUGGAUUCUUUGAUAGUACAGUAUACAGUAUUACACAUUAUUCAAGGUGUCCUAAUUUUGAAUUUUGUGUAUUUUGGACAAGUUCGUUUUCAUUUUACUGAAAUUUGAAACAUCCAUUAUGUAAACAGGUGGAGACUCUGCUUGUACUGUAGACAGGUAGUGCGUUGCUUAAUUAUGUCCUACACCUUACGCUUAAUGCCACUUUCCUAGUUGAAGGCACAGAGACGGGAACUACACUAUUUCAUGUAAGCCAAGGCAAGCAUCUUGGGUGAUGGAGACUUGAAUUCUUUUUAAAUCUGACAUGGAGAAUCUAAAAAUUGACUACAGAAUGCAAAGCAUUGCACCAGGUAGUAAUCUGCUUAGUGUGCCUUCCUCUUGGAAAUGGAUAAGGUUAGCCUGCUCCUGACACUUGCCAACGUGGUCAUUUUUUUAAAUUAGAAAUACCGUACAUGACAUAUAAGAUCGGUGGUUAGCGAUUUGUUUUCCAUGAUUGUACCUAGACCAGUGACAUUAAUCAUCGUGGAGCACCACGUUGGUGUGUGCUAAGCUUUAUUGUUCCCUACCGAGCUGUACCUGUGUAUCGUGCGUAUACUUGUUGUUUCAUAUAGCAAAGAAUUUGUUGCUCACUUGUGAAUACUAUUUUUUCUAUUGUAAAAACUAUGGGAUAGGAAACCCAAAUGUUCCAUAGUUAUAGAGCAAGUUUUCUUUUCACUACGUGAGAUUUAUACUCUUGCCAAGUUGAGCAAGAGUUGGAAAGUACAAGACUAAUUUUAGUUUUGAAAACUUUACAAAAAAAAUUAAAAUCUCUGGCCAUCCCUUAGAGAGGGGCCUGGGACCAGGGAAGAGGAUUGGUAUGCCACCUUUGUCAGGAUAGAUGCAUAGUGGGGACUAUAUGUAAUUUGUAAUUCCUACAUAUUGGGUCAGGUAGAUUUUUUGGGGAAAAUAAUUUGUUCAACAUACUGGGGGACAAAAUUAUAUACUAUAUUUAUGCAUUUUGUUAUAUAUGUAUUGACUUUGUUUAGUUUCAGUAUGCAUCUGUUUGUGACAAGGUAUAAUUUUUACCUUGGGAUUGUAAUUGAUUAUAAUUGCACAAGAAAAGUACAAAAAAAUUGUAAAAAUGUGAAAAAUCAUAAUAAAAAUUGCAAAAUGUUUUAAAA